CCCAGCGCUGCGUUCUCAUGGCCUCCUCUGAGGUUAGCCGGUUGUCUGGGCUUUUCUCCUCCGCUGCCGUUCUGGGUUAGUGCUUGUGUCCCAGUAGGUUGUGCCUGUGAGUCAGGGCAGGCAGAAACACCUGCGCGAUUUGAACGCGAUUGCCAUUGCUCCGUAGGGCUUUCUUGCCCUGAAAAACCGGGAGUGAGUGGUUCGGGAGCAGGAGGAAAUAAGGAUAAUAUCAGAGCUGGAUGCAAGAAGUGUGGCUACCCUGGUCAUCUGACGUUUGAAUGUCGAAACUUCCUCCGAGUAGAUCCUCAAAGAGAUAUUGUUUUAGACGUUAGCAGCACUAGCAGUGAGGACAGCGAGGAAGAGGAACUGCAGAGAUUACAAGCCAUGCGUGAAAAAAAGAAUGUAAAUGAAGAGGAAGAAAAAAAGAAACAAAAAAGAAAAAGCAAAGAGAAAACAAAAUUAAAAAGAUCAAGGAAAAGAUCUUCCUCAUCAAGUUCAGCAGAAGAGGAUGAGCCAAAGUCAAAAAAACAAAAAUCACACAAAAAAGAAAAGGAAAAGGGGAAAAAGCAUAAAUCAAAGAAAGGAAAGCAUCAUAAAAAGGAGAAAAAGAAGAGACGAAAGGAAAAAAGUUCAUCUUCUAACAGUUCAGACAGUUCGAGUAGUGACUGACAUGUCUAUUUUUGCUUUUGCUUCUGCAGAGAAGAUGAUUUUCCUUUCAUAGCAAGUUUAUUUAUGCUUUGCAGUGCUGUUUAAAAAUGGGAUAUAUUUUUUUUGAGAAAUCUAUUAGCAUACGUCAGUGCAUCAGAUCAUUAAAUGGACCAUUAUAUGAAAAAGACCUGCUUUUCUAUUUCAGGUUUAUUCAUACUAAACCAUGCAACUACUUCUUCACCUUAUUCUUAAUUCAGUUGUGAUUGUGUUUGAAAUCCUUUACAGUAGGAUGUGGUAAAUUUCAGUUCACAAGCUUUUGUUUAGAAAGAUAUUAACUGAAAUAUGCUUAAUGUCAGAAUGGUUACAUCAAAUUUGUAAAUUCAAGUAAGAUUUUCUAUUACCCUUUAAAUAAAUGUAUGUUUUACACAACA